UUAGUAUUCAAAAAACAUGUAAAUCCUUGUCGACUCCGCCGAUUGACCGUCUCUCUCUCUCUCCAAAAUGAAGGCUUCCUUGAAGGGCAGAUACGAAACAGAGAAGAGCAACGGCCCAGCCGCCCUUGCUACUCUCGGCUUUAACGCCGGUGAUGUCAAGCUCCGAGCUUCCUUGACCGACGCCACUUUCGUCAACGGCCCCAGCUUAAACGGAUUGGUUUUAGCUGUCGAGAAACCCGGGUUCUUCCUCGUCGAUUACAACGUCCCCAAAAAGGAUUUCCGGUUUCAGUUCAUGAACACAGUUAGGGUUGCGGAGAAACCACUGAAGCUCACUUACAUUCACAGCAGAGGCGACAACCGGACCAUUUUAGAUGGAACCCUGGUGUUCGAUUCAGCUAACAAGGUGUCAGCUAAUCACGCGCUUGGCUCGAAAAAUUGCAAAUUGAAGUACACUUACUUGCACGGAGGGGUGACGACAUUUGAACCAUGCUAUGAUUUGGCGAAGAACUCUUGGGACUUUGCAGUGGCACGCAAGGUUUACGGUGAGGAUGUGUUGAGGGCAUCGUACCAGACAUCGAGCCAAGUGUUGGGAUUGGAGUGGUCGAGGAACUCGAAGCAGAUAGGGUCUUUCAAGAUUUUAGCAUCCGUCAAUUUGGCUGAGGAGAAAAAGGUGCCAAAGUUAAUUGCUGAGAGUACAUGGAAUUUCGAGGUUUGAUCAUCUUAGAGCAUAUAUUUUUUGGGGAUUCAUUUGCUUGUUGAAAUGUCUGGAGAUCAGACGUACAACUUUCUAAUGGCUGCAAACCCCUGAAACUUUGAUCUUCUUUUUGUUCUUGAACACUGUAUAAUUUAUAACUGAGCCGAUCUCCUGGCAAGGGCCAGCAGAGUGGCAAUGAUUGUCAAACUGCUAUUUUCGCUUCUGAAAUAUCUUCCUCUGUUGUUGUAGAAAAA